UCGUCCUCGCGCGCUCCAGUCAUGGUAUCAUGACCUCGCCCGCGCCAAAUCCUUCGUGUGUGCGCGCUCCAGUCCCGCCCCUUGCGCGCGCCCGGUCCUGCGGACGUCCCAAUCCCACACCGGAGCAGGGCUGCCGACGGAGGUCCCAACCCCGCUUGGAGCAGGACUACCGACGCCGGGGAGGUGCAGCACGGCAACCAGCCGAGGCCAGGGCGGGGGCGCCUGCCUUGCCGUCGCCACUAGAGAGGCAAGCGGGCCCCUCGCCGUCGUCAUUGGGGAGGCAGUCCGGCCGCCGUGAGGCCGGGGGCUGAGGCCCCUGCCCUGCCGCCGGAGCACCAGGAUUUUGGGGAGGAGGACUAGCAGAGCGAGGCGAGCAUCUGCAUAUGAAGAUUGCAAGUGAGUGUUUACAGCUUUUUUUUCUUUAGGAUAACAUGGAAAGCUACUAAAAUCCACAAUUGGAUUAAUGGAUCUUAGCCUUAAAUGGAGCAAAUAUUGAAUACUAAAUUCUAGUUACUGGAUGUUUGUGUUUAGGCAAAUGUUACUAUCUAUAUGUGUUCAAAUAUGAUGAGCAGACCUACUAUCAGAUAUUGUCCCCGCAAGUGUGAAUCAUUUUUAUAUCAGAAUGUUGUGGUUGAGAUAAUGAAAUAACAGAAUAGUGCCGCCAUAAUGAAAUAGAUGUUCUGAUUACUAUAGUUUGAAAAAAAAUUCAGAAAUUUGAGUACCGGGCUAUUCAUUGUUGUGGAAGGCAAUGGCAGAAGUUGAUAUGAAGGUACCUGAAGUUGGUUUGAGGUUCAAAAAUCCAGAUGAGGGUUGGCUAUUUUGGGUGGCAUAUGGCGGUCGUACUGGCUUUGAUGUGAGGAAAAGAUGCACAAAUGUAAGCAAAAUGGAUAGUAAGGUGACUUCAUGCAGAUAUGUUUGUUCCAAUGAGGGUCAUCGAACAAAAAGGCAAACGGAACAUGUGACAAGGUGUUUUAGAGCUGAAACAAGAACUGAUUGCAAAGCUCGGAUGGUUAUUUCAUUGGAUCGAGGUGUAGGAAAUUAUGAAGUCAAUGAUGUUGUGAUUGAACACAACCAUCCACUGCACUUGCCAGAGACCUUCCACUUGAUGAAAUCACAACGCAAAAUUUCAGAACUCCAAGCUUUUGAAAUAGAAACAGCGGAUGAUCCUGGUAUUAGGCCAAAAGCUGCCCAUGAGUUGGCCACUCGUCAAGUUGGAGGACCACUUAACCUUAGCUACACUUGUCGUGACCGCAAAAAUUAUUUGCAAAGCAUCCGUCAAAGGGAAUUGGCUUUUGGACAGGCAGGAAGUAUGUUGAUGUAUUUUCAUGAUAAAAUUGUUGAGAACCCAUCUUUCCAAUAUGCUUUGCAGCUGGAUUGUGAGGAGCACAUUACCAACAUAUUCUGGGCUGACGCAAAGAUGAUUCUUGACUAUGCACACUUUGGUGAUGUUGUCACAUUUGACACAACUUUUGGGACAAACAAAGAAUAUAGGCCAUUUGGUGUUUUUCUUGGGCUCAAUCAGUUUAGAGAAACCACUAUUUUUGGUGCUGCACUUCUAUUUGAUAAAACACAAGCAUCAUUUACAUGGUUGUUUGAGACUUUUCUAGCUGCACAUAAUGGAAAGCAACCUAAAACUAUUUACACGGAUCAAGAUGCAGCAAUGGGAAAAGCCAUAAAGAUAGUAUUCACAAAAUCAUAUCAUGGUCUCUGCACCUUUCACAUAAUGCAGAAUGCUGUGAAGCAUUUAUCUCCAGUGAAGGGUAAAGAGGAAGAUGAAGGUGAAGAGGAAUCGCAUGUUCUCUCUGAUUUCAGUGCUUGUAUGUUUGGCCACGAAGAUGAGGCAUCAUUUGAAGAGGCAUUUCAGAUUUUGAGAUCCAAAGUUCAUAAGCAAACAUGGUUAGAUAGCAUUUACAAGGUGAAAGAGAAAUGGGCUGAAUGUUAUAUGAGAAAUGUCUUUAGUUUAGGAGUGCGAAGUACACAGCUAAGUGAGAGCUUCAACAAUGCAUUGAAGAACCAUUUGAAAUCAAAUUUUGAUAUAAUUCGAUUUCUUAAGCAUUUUGAAAGGUCAAUGCAAGAGAAAAGAGAUAAGGAACUACAAUCUGAAUUUGAGGCAAGGAAGAAGCUACCUAGAAGACUAAUGUGCACGCCGAUGUUGGUUCAAGCUAGCCAAGUGUACACUCCAGUGAUUUUUGAAGCUUUCCAAAGCGAAUAUGAAAGAUCCAUGGCUGCGUGCGCUAGAGUUUUGGAUGGAGAACACAACUAUGCUGUUGUAGUUGGGAGUUUGCUUGGUGAGGUUUUGACCCCGUCGCAGCGCCCGGUCUGGGCCUAUCGCAACGCGGUGUAA